UCCCAACAGUAACAGCGCAUCUUUCUCCUCAAAAAAGUAUAAUAAUAAAUCUUGAAAAAAUUUGCUUAAAAUUCACUCUAUGCGUUUCACUUUGAGACGAGAGAGAGUCCGUGCUGAGCUCCGUCUAGGGUUUUUCUCACCCCCAAAAUCAAUCUGUCACCUCUCUUCUCAUAAUCCAUAGCUCGCAAGAGCUCCGAUUACACUUAAAUCGAUGGACUCCUCCGGUUCGAAUCGGUUCGACAUCUUUGAGAUGUACAGGCGAUACUGUGACAUCACAUCAAGGCCAUACGCUACUGGGGGUGAGGGCUAUGGAGCAGAUGUUGAAUCACUAAAAGCUAAUCUUUCAAGGGAAGCUUUAGCUCACCUCUUAAAAUUGGUGGAAUCAAGGGUACAUACAAGAAUGUCCAUCUUUGAUGAAGUUUUCAAGCUCAUGUCAAGUCUAGACUUGAUGGACUUCUCUGAAUUCUCGCGCUUUUAUGAUUUUGUGUUCUUCAUUUGCCGUGAAAAUGGUCAAAAGAACAUCACUGUAAGCAGGGCUCUUACGGCUUGGAGAUUAGUCUUACCAGGAAGGUUUCGGCUACUCAAUCAAUGGUGCAACUUUGUUGAGAACAAUCAGCGACAUAACAUAUCUGAGGAUACUUGGCGGCAAGUUUUAGCCUUCAGCCGGUGUGUACAUGAAAAUCUUGAAGGGUAUGAUCCUGAAGGGGCAUGGCCUGUUCUAAUUGAUGACUUUGUUGAGUACAUGUAUAGGAUCACAGGGUCCAAAAACAAUCCCAACUUAUGCUGUAAUUGUGGUGAUUCAGAAGCCCAGCCAUUUGAGGAUCCUUUCCCUGGAUUGAAAACUGUUCCGGGUUUGAAGAGAAAGUUACACGAGGACUUGGCAAGAAAUGAGUUGCAGACCAUGGAUACAUCUGCAGGAUCUUGUUUCCCAUUGAAUAGCAAGAGAAGGCAAAUUUUUGUUACUGACAAACAAGUGCAUCGGGAAAAUGAUCCACCCGGAAAUGAUACAGAUGACUGCAUGGAAAUUGGUAAACAAAAUAUCCCAUUGGGUUGCUCCAAGUCUCAGUGUGCUGUUGAAGGUUGUCUCUCCAAGGGUUUUGCCGGGCUCUUCUCUAGUCGAUCGUGUUUGCAGUUUGAUCAGGAAAUAAGAGUUUCCUUUACAUAGAUCUCUCACCAGAAUAUAUUGAAGAGUUUGGUAAAUUAUGCGUUUUGCUUGAGUUUGUAAUUUUACUAUAGGUAUCCCAAUUUUCUUUUGUUAUUGGGGGUUGUUUUCUGAUUAAUUUGUGGUUGCAUGUUAAAAUUAGUUAAUUGUGAUUGAGAAAAUCAAUAAAACAAUGGUCAUUUAUUUUUGUGCA